GGGGUCUCGUCGUUUUGCAACUAAGGUCUUUCUUUUUGGCGGAGAGGGAGAGGGAUGAGUAAUCAAAGAAAGAGAUUAAACGGAGAAGAAGAGGACGAUGAAGACGGAGACGGUAUCGGCGAUUGGGAGAGAGCUUAUGUUGACGACAGAUCCUGGGAGGCGUUGCAAGAGGAUGAGUCUGGGCUUUUGCGCCCAAUUGAUAACAGUGCCAUUUACCAUGCUCAGUAUCGCCGCCGCCUCCGCAUGCUCUCCGUUGCCGCCGCUGGUACUCGCAUCCAGAAGGGCCUUAUUCGCUAUCUCUACAUCGUCAUUGACUUCUCUCGGGCAGCUGCGGAAACGGAUUUCAGACCAAGCAGGAUGGCGAUAAUGGCAAAACAUGUCGAUGCUUUCAUUAGAGAGUUCUUUGACCAGAAUCCUCUGAGUCAAAUCGGUUUGGUCUCUAUAAAAAACGGGAUUGCGCAUACCCUAACAGACCUUGGUGGUAGCCCUGAGUCGCACAUACAAGCGUUGAUGGGUAAGCUUGAAUCUUCGGGUGACUCCUCUUUGCAGAACGCCCUGGAACUUGUGCACGAGCAUCUCAACCAGAUUCCAUCUUAUGGCCAUCGCGAGGUUCUGAUAUUGUAUUCAGCUCUAAGCAGCAAUGAUCCGGGAGAUAUCAUGGAGACAAUUCAGAAAUGCAAGAAAUCAAGGUUGAGGUGUUCUGUAAUUGGGCUUUCUGCAGAAAUGUUCGUGUGCAAACACCUCUGCCAAGAAACCGGCGGGUUGUAUUCCGUUGCAGUCGAUGAGGUGCAUCUAAAGGAUCUUCUUCUCGAACAUGCGCCUCCACCUCCGGCAAUAGCAGAGUUUGCAGUUGCAAAUUUGAUCAAGAUGGGUUUCCCACAAAGAGCUGCCGAGGGUUCAAUGGCGAUCUGUUCGUGUCAUAAGGAAGUUAAGAUCGGAGCUGGUUACACGUGCCCGAGAUGCAAAGCUCGUGUAUGUGAGCUCCCUACGGAAUGCACCAUCUGUGGGCUGACACUUGUUUCAUCGCCACAUCUGGCUAGAUCAUACCAUCAUCUCUUCCCAAUCGCUCCAUUUGAUGAGGUUCCUACUCUUUCAAGUCAGAAUGAUCCUCGGAGAAAAUUGGGAAAGAGUUGUUUUGGUUGCCAACAGAGCCUACUUGGUGCAGGGAACAAGCAGGGGCCAUGCGUAACAUGUCAUAAAUGCAAACACUAUUUCUGUCUGGACUGCGACAUAUACAUCCACGAGAGCUUACACAACUGUCCUGGCUGCGAGAGCAUUCACCGUCCCAAAUCAGUUUCCUUGAUGGAAGAAUGAGAGAAUGUGUUGUUCACACACUCACUGGACGUAAGAAUUAGGUCUUAACUAUAUUGAUCUGAGAAACAGGAACACUCGAAUAUUGCGAAGUCCUAUUGGCUCUGUGUGGAAUAAAGGUUACAGAUGAUGAUUUAGUGGAAAGGUCUCACAAUUUUCAAAAAUCAAGCUAUAUAUGACUCAUCCGUAGCAUUAUUAUAGCAGCAACAUGAGAAAAUGUAUUACACAUACCAAUGACACAGUUGAUCCACUACAAAGCUGCUGCUUUAUUUUCUGAAGAAAUAAAGAAACAAGUGAUCUUUAAAUAAAGAAACAUUAGUUUUAGACAGCUACAAAAAUAUCUUAGAAUCUAAAAAAUCUUUGAAACACCAAACGAGACCGUAUCUUCGCCCUAAAAAUCUCCCUGUUCUGAAGACGAAGCAUUCUCCGGGGAAAGAUGAUCCGAUCCUCAGCUUCUGCGAAGCAACGUCCGAGUCUCGAGAGUCAGCACUCUUCUUUCUCGAAGGCUUCAGCUGGGAUCUCGAUAACGCCGUCUCUGGUUUUCUCCAAGGCCACCUUCCUCCGGUCAAAAAGCCGCCGUUGCAGCGAUCUCGAUCUCGAUCUCCCUCGAGGCGGAGUUACUCUCCUACAUCUGGCUUGAGAUCCAAGUUUAAGAUGGACGCAGUUGAAAUUUCCAAAACGUGGGUCUCCUAUACAGUAAUCUAAAAUAGAUGUUUAUCAUCUUUAAUGUUCAUCUUGUUUUUUUUUGUACAGAGUGGAUGAUAGUAGAGAACAUAUUAGGAUUACGAGUUUGAAGAAGAGGUAAAGUCUUAUCUUGCCUUCUCCUCCAUUAUGACUCUGUCCUCCUGCUUUUACCUAUAAUCAUUUUCUUUCCUUACAAAUACCACAGGGAUCAGCCCUAGCUGCAACGAUACGUCAAGAAUGUCUCUUGCCCUUCUCGGAUCUUGAUUCAGACUCGGCUAAGCUAAUAGGACUUUUCUUGAGGUGGAAGCAUAUUUAAUGUAUGGAUGAUCCUUUCAUACUUUUUCCAGCAAUCUCUCUCUUAUUUAUGCAUACACAAGACUUUCUUGUUAUUCUGCUCUUCUCUGACUUAUUUCUGUCAAUCAUACUGUAGAAAAAAAG